AUGGGCAAGCCAAAGGGCCGCCGCAACAACAAGACACUCGAAAAGCUGGCGGCCGCUGCUCCUAACACCGCAGUACAGGGUGGGCAGACGACUCGGACAGGUAGUCCUGGCCCGAUCCAAGCGUCUCAGAGCGAGGUGCAGCUUCCAUCGCCGGUUGGCCAUAUCGGUAAUCUGGCAGGCUUCAGCCCGCAUUUGUCUGGACCAUUUUAUCCAGGCGUUGUGGCCGAAAAUAUAUCGACUCAGCCCCUAGCAAGAGACUCCUGGCCCGUGAAUGAUCCUCACAAGUAUCUACCAACGCCUCCAGCCGCGGCCGUCACUACCAAUGAAAUUGUAUCCAGCAACGAGGAGGAAUCUUUUGAGAGUUUUGAGGUUAACUGGACAGAUCCGGAGUGGCAGAGAUUGCUAGCGGGAAAUGAUCUUGAAAGGGAACUGCCGUCUGAACCUCCUACAGACAGUAAUUUCUCCAAUACCUCUCCCGCCCCUAAUCACACGGGGGAGGAGCAAAACGAAUUGAUUACUUGCACGUGCUUGGGGAGCCUGACUGGCCACCUAUGUCAUCUCAAUCGCAUGGAGCGGCAGCAGAACAUCAUCUGCCUGGACAUGACGCUUGCCAAGACAACGAAAGUAUUGGCUUGCGCUGACAGCGUGCUGGCGUGUCAUUUCUGUCGACUCGACUGCAAAGUCCUUCUGCUAGUCAUUACGGUCCUGCAAACUGUUCUGAACUGGAUCAGAGUCGAGUACAGUCAUGACAGCGGCGUGCGUGAUCUACCAACUAUCCUAUUCGGGAACUGGCAGGUGCCGAAGACGGAUGGUCAUCUCAUCAAGAACUUACUGACAAGCCGGAUCCUGGCCAACAGCGACUCUGUUGUCAACAUCCUACGUCUGCGGAUCGAAGAAAUUGCCCUGCAUUCAGGCAAGAAAAGAUUGAAUUAUCAGUUCAUGGAUGCCGAGUCCCUCCAACAGACUCUGCAGCGAUUGAUGGUGUCAUUAAGAGAGCUUUCUGAGUGUGUCAAGCCUCUAGAUGCUGGUCAGAAGUAG